AUGGAUAGUCUUUUCAACCACCAGAAGCCACAACUAGAACUUGAUACUCAACAUAUGUGGCUCCACGGCUGGGAAUCGAACCCCGCCAAUUUUUCCGAAACUUUAAGACUUAUACUGUUGAAACUUGCGAACAAUUCAGCUGACAAUUAUCCUGUAUGUGAUCCUUCUUACGAUGAUUUUUUCAAUUGGACCUGGACUUACAAAUAUGAUUCAACAAUAUCGUACCGGUUUAUCAGCAUCCACAACGUCCAUUUCGAGGAGUUAGGCAGUCAUUUCCAAUGGACAACCUCGAUGAAACCCAUAGACGCAAAAACAAAAUCACUCUUCGUGAACAAAUCAAAAGCAGCAGCAAUAUUCCUCGACAAAUGCCACAGUACAAGUAAAAGAGAAGUGCUACUGGAUAGACUUCAAAAAGAAUUGUCUAAGUUUAAUCAUUCUGUGGAUAUUUACGGUGAUUGCGGCGAUAAGAAAUGUAAACGCAGAACUAUGAAUCCUUGUUUUUGGAAGUUAAAGAGGACUUAUUAUUUUUACUUAGCGUUUGAGGAUUCUCUUGCAGAUGAUUAUAUAACUGAUGCUGUCUUGAUUGGAUGUAACAAUAAUGCUGUGCCAGUCGUAUAUGGAGGUGCUGCCUAUGAGAGAUUCCUUCCAUCAGGUUCCUACCUAAACGUGCAUAACAAUACGCCAGCACAAUUGGCAUACAAAAUGAACGAGAUAAUUUUAAACCGCGAACUCUAUCAUGACUUCUUCCGCUGGAAGAACCACUACAUCAUCAGCAAAACACCAGGACUGAAUGGAUGUGACUUGUGUAAACUCCUGAAUAACCCAAUGCACAGACUUGAGAAAGUUUCGUACGUGAACUUCAGAAAGUGGUGGAACCCCAAGUAUGAGCAACGUUGUGGACUGAAUAAUAAUAUCUUUUUGUAA